AUGGAAGCAAGUACAUCUGAGUCGACAUCCUCUCGAAGCAAGCCUACAUACAGAGUAGCAGUAUCAUUGAAGAUCCCUGAUUGCUCGAGUGAUGAUGAUAAUGAGGUGACGAAGGAUUAUGAUAGUCACCGACCUAAGAGUUGUCCCCAUGCAACAGAAGGUCUUCGUUCGUUAUCCUCUACUAUCGAUGAUGAUGAUGCUUUGAUGAUUAAGGAGAAGGAGCUUAGUCUGAUGAGGAAUCAAUCCAACGUGGAGCUACUCACUACUCCACAACGAGAUCAAUUCGAUGCAUUCGUGUCUAAAUGUACCGGACCAUGGAGGGAUGACUUAGUCCAUUACCCAGCUACCGAGGAGGAUAUUGACAGGCAUCCCGAUGUCUAUAACUUCGAGCAUGCUGGAAGAUGGCAGGUUAUGAGUGUCGAUUACGGCGAACACCCUAUUAUGCAUGGCAAGGCUUCCUCUAUCUAG